CAGUCACAACCCUACCAUUUCCAAGAAGAGCUAACAAAUAUACAUCGUGCCAUCAGUUCCUUCAUCUCUCUAUCAAACACACGCGUUUGUCGCCACCUUUCUAUCGCCUUUUAACGUUUAUACUGUGUAGCUUUACGUUUUGGAGCGUCCGGACUUUUCAAAACAACCAUGCCUGUGACCGUACGCGUGUUGACUCCCAAGGAGCGGCUGGUAAAAUUCGGCAUCACGAUGCUGUGUUCCAUGGCUUGUCUUGGAGCAAUCAUGCUCGUCGUUCUCGGGAUCACCAUCGCUCAGCCUGCCGUCGUGCGCAUGCGGACACACCAGGCCACCUGUACCGUGAACGGCUCUCACUUCGACGGGGAGAACCCCGAGCGUCCCAGCCGGUUUUCCUGCAGCUGUUCGCUCGGGCGGUACGAUGUUUGUAUCAGCACGUAUGAGUGUCUGGUCAUCUCAGUCACGUUUCGUACUGAAGAGGGGGAACAGCGAACAGCAGAUUUGGUGGAGUCCGAAGAAGAUCUAGGGAACGAGUGUGCCAUUGCGCCAUGUUCACGUGACCACGAGAAGAACGACGAGAUGGUGGAGGAAUACCGAGAACUCUGGGGACGAGUCGGUCAGACCUACCCCUGCUGGUACGACCCAGGAAACCCCUCCGGUGCAGCUCGUACCCACUUCAAGUCUUCCACGAGCGAGGUGUUCCAUGCCCUGUUCUGGCCGGCCCUAGUCAUGGUGGUGUUUUCCGUAGCCUUCUGUUUCGCCUAUCUCCGAUUUACGCGGUAUAUUGAGUCCACCCUUCCCAUGACUGAGUCCAACAACCCCUGGUCUCGUUUUCAGGAUGAGCCAGAAGAACCCGGGGAUGAGAAUCCAUCCCAACCCUCUUCAAGGCCCAAGCUAGUCUUCGAAAACUUUGCAUAGGGACAUUAAGGGUCAUUAAGGUUAAAAAGGGCAGCCUUUAUUAUUCUAAAGAAGCAGAAAGCUGUCCAGAGAUAUAUAGGGGACGCGUGAUGGUAAAGAACAUCGUCAAAUGCAUGCGAUAAAAAUGUAUAUGUAUAUUGAAACGUUAUAUGUAACGUUAAUGUAACGUUAUCAAAUAUAGUAUUUCCUGUGAAAUGUUUGAGUUCACCAAUUGUUUGGGAGGUUUAAAAAAGGUGUUUCCAUGUUACAUUUGUACAAGAGAUAUCAAGGAUUGACAGUAACGUGACAGCAGUUUGAUAUGUGCCAUUUCUAUCACGGACUUCCUCCACCCAAUAUUGGGUUAAUAUUGUAUUGUAGUGGCGUCUACAUGUACAUGUACAGUCAGAGUCACAGUUUUGUAAACGUAAUGACAGCGAGGAAAUGUAGUAAGAGACAGAUAUAAAGAAACCAGAUAUAAAGAAACGUUCAUACAAUGAACCAAAUAUAAAGAAAUACAAACCAAGGUGUUGUGAAACGCAAAUAUGAUUAAACCAAUUCGACAGUU